UUGUCAAAAAGUCAACGUUAGCUACGGAACAUUACAGAAAUAUUACCUUAAAUUAAUAUAGAAAUUAUUUAAAGAUCCUUGUAAAAUGGAGGAAAAGCCAUUGUUUGAUUCCAACUCUACUGACCAAUUAACUAAAGAACGAGGAAUAUGUUUGCAAUAUGAUUGUGCAGUUAAAAAGCUAUACGAAGUGUUCGCGCAAUGCGAGAAAAGGGUUAAGAGUAAGGAGUAUACUGCAGAGACUUGUGAAGAGGAAAUCAUCGAUUUGAUGGAAGAACUUGAUCAAUGUGUAGACGACAAAGCGUUCAAAAAUUUUAUUUAAUGUUUCACGUCUCUUUAGUGCAUUAAAUAAUUGUUACUAUU